AUGGAUAUUGGAGUUCCGAGCGUGAGGAAUUUGUUCGGGAUUAAGCUGGAGAGGGUGUUUCUAUGGAUUGCCAUUGGUAUUACAAGCAUUCCACUGCAUUUGCUGUAUAAUUCUGCGAUAUAUACUUCGCUAGCGGCAAAUGAGUUUUUCGUAACCAUCGUGACCAACAAUCACUUUGAAUCGGGAGCCUCCUCUAACAUGACCGAGGAUUUAUUCAGCAUGUACCGGGAGAAUUACAACAUCACAAAUUGGACGGGAGACAUGAGUCAAAAAUUCCACCAGCUCAGGAUUGUGCUCGAGGAAUACAAUACCAGCGCCCAGAACUACGACGAUUUGACACCUCGUCGUUGUACAAAACUCUACAACACCGAGUUUAUCUCUAGCCACAGAAAUCUAUUCCUGAUAACGAAACAAAGUGACAAUGCCAUGCACAAUACGACCCUCCUGGAUACUUUCCAGGUCGGUGUCAAUGGGAUCUCACCAGGAAGGUGGAUGUGCGAUUACCAUGGGGUGGCUUCUGGCGAAACUUACUAUCAGGAUGGUCCCACGUGCAACCCCAGUGACCUAGUCUCCAAUGUGACGAACGGUCUUCCAUGGUUGUUGCAACUCCGAAGAGGGGGCGAGGUAGAAAUAAGUGGAUGCAAGAGCGAGAAGACAGAGGAGAAGUGCAAGGUGCAGUUCUCACUAAGGAUCAUGAUAGUCGUAAUCUGUUGCAAUAUUGCUAAGGCUUGCUGCAUGAUCAUAACUGUUGUCAGAUCUCGAGAGCCCACUCUGGUCACAUUGGGUGAUGCUGUGGACUCCUUCUUGAGAAUCCCGGAUCCAACAACAGCGGCGAUAUGCUUUGCCGAUCGACAGUUCGUCAAGAGGGAGUGGGGGUGUGGAUGGAGGACUAGGCCAAGACAGUGGAGGAAAAUGGGGGUACAGAAGUGGUGGACUAGCGUUAGUAAGACGAGGUGGAUAACCUGUAAUGCUUUAUGCUCGGUAGCAAUUAUGGCAGCAGGGGUUUCGCUCGCAUCUGGGAUGGGCAAGGAUGGGAGAUAUUGGAGCAACGACAUUAAAUCAAUGUGGACCAGAGGCUUUGGAAAAGUAAACAGUGUCUCCCUAGUCGGCAUAAGCUUCAAAAACAUAACCAUGGCAAUCCUCCUAGCCAACGUUCCACAAACGAUACUCUCAUUCCUCUACCUAACAUACCACUCCCUCUUCACCUGCAUGCUCUUAGGCCACGAAUGGUCCCUCUUCGGCCACCACCACCGCACCCUCCGCGUCACAUCCCCUCGGCCAGGCCAGUGCUCCACCUACUGGCUUCAAAUGCCCUACAACUACGCCAUUCCUCUAAUGGUCCUGAGCGGCCUCCUUCACUGGCUGGCAUCGCAAUCGAUAUUCCUCGCGAGAGUCGAGAUAAGGGACCCGCUCGAGAGGCCGACUCCGGCAACGAUAAGUACCAUCGGGUACUCCUGCAUUGCCAUCAUUUUCGCCCUCACGCUGGGGAUUCUUGCCCUGCUGGCCGCCAUCGGGAUGGGGUAUAGGCCGUUGGCUUCGGAGAUUACCGCUGCUGGGAGUUGCUCCGCGGCCAUUUCGGCCGCGUGUCAUACUUGGGAGGACCCGGAGGUGAUUGUAGGGAAGAAGGUGCGCUGGGGGGAUGUGGGGAUUGUGCCAAACCUGGUUGUGAGGCACUUGACAUUUUCGAGCGAGGGGGGGGUCGGGAAGCCGGUGUUCGGAGGGAUCUACGCCGGGACGGGGCAAGACAGGGAAUGA